UAUACCAAACUCUAGUCAUAAGUAGAAGCAAAAGAGAGAAAGACGAAGAAGAAACAUCAGAAAGCAAGAUGGAAAAUCAAGCAAAUCUGCCCACCGACUCACAAAGAGAAGAACUCCUCACCACGUUCUGUGAAAUCACAUCUUCAACAAAACCCGAAGCUCUUUUCUUCCUUGAAAGCCACAACUUCGAUUUAGAUUCCGCCGUCUCCACUUUCUUUGACGGCGCUGCCCCUAACAAUACCCUCCCCGCCGCCGCCGAUGACGUGGUCGAAGCUGAUAUCCCUGUUUCCGUUGCCGCCGCGCAACGCCGUUCUCCGUCGCGCUCUCGAUCUCCGUCUCCGCCGCGACCUAGAAGAAACCCUCCGAGCACUACCCAAGGCGGCGGCGGCGGAAGGAGAAGUGGUGGAAUUCAUACUUUCUCUGAUCUGAAUCGUAGGCCUGUGGCGGGGUCUGGUAGUGAUGAUGAUGGGCCUCAAGAGUAUUAUACUGGUGGAGAAAAAAGUGGAAUGCUUGUUCAAGAUCCAUCUAAAGCAAAUAAUGUGGACGCAAUAUUCGAUCAAGCUAGACAACAUGCAGCUGUUGAAGGACCUCCUGCAUCCUCUGGCUCUAGAAGCUUUACUGGAACUUCUAGAAGACUUACAGGUGAGACCGUGUCUGCUGCUGCUCCUCAGCCACCUGAGAGUGUUACUCAUAUUAUCACUUUCUGGACCAAUGGGUUCACUAUAGAUGAUGGGCCCUUGCGGAGGUUUGAUGAUCCAGAAAAUGCCCCUUUCUUAGAGAGUAUCCGAAAGUCUGAAUGCCCAAAAGAACUUGAGCCAGAAGAUAGGAGGACAUCUGUUCGAGUUAAUCUGACAAGGAGAGAGGAGGACUGCCCUGUACCGGAGAAGCGUCGUGCUUUAUUUCAGGGCGCAGGAAGAACUUUAGGUAGCACUAGCAAUGCUGAACAAGUAGACUCAAUUGGUGCUAUGCCAUCAUUCACUGCAGCCCCAUCCCCAUCAGCGGGCCUAGUUGUUGAUCAGUCACAGCCUUCAACCUCAAUUCAACUAAGGUUAGCAGAUGGCACACGGAUGGUUUCUCGGUUUAACUACCAACACACAAUCAGAGAUAUUCGAGGGUUUAUUGAUGCAUCAAGGCCUGGGGGAUCAAGGAGUUAUCGACUGCAGACGGUGGGCUUUCCUCCCGAACAACUCUCUGAUCUUGACCAGACAGUAGAGCAAGCUGGACUAGCCAAUUCAGUUGUGAUCCAGAAACUUUAGGUGGCUAGACAUUCUAUGUUAUAUCUGCAGCAGUUACACCAAGAACCAUGCUGAUUUUACCCCUAUAUUUGAACUACAUACACAUUCCUAAUCACAAGUAGCCUCCAGGGGUAGAUAAUGUUUUUCUUAAAGCCUACUGAUGGAUUUCUCUUUUGAAGUUGAGCGGCAUUCAGAAAGUUCCUUCUA